CGAGCAUAUAAUAAUAGAUCAUUACGUAAAAGUGCGUUUUGAUAGGACUAACUACUACGUACAAGAAAUAAAUUAACCCUGUAACUUGGAUGAGGAAGAAACUUAACAAAUCCAACCAACUUUGGCUUUUCUUCCACUGUCUCCUUCACAGCCACUCCCAAAUCUCCAAGGGUAAACUUGUCAUAUCAGUUUUCAUUUUCUCAGAGAAAGAAGAAAUUAAGAACCUCUAUUAAUCUAUUUCCAGCGAAAACCAUCUUAUCUUCCAAAAACAUUGGAAUAAUUUCAUUAAUACCAUUGAGAAAUCGUGAGUUCGUGACAUUGAGUUGAAAGGGUCAAGUGAUUUUCAUCUUUGAAGUGAUUGCAAUUGCAUGAACUUGUGCUUCAAUUUCGACAAUGGUGUACCCAGGUUCAGUGCAAUUUUCUCGCGACGUUAGGCUCAACAAUAAUAAUGGACUACGUAAUUUUCAGCAUCAUAAUCCGGCGCGGGUUGGUCGAUUACAUUUGGUCACUAUGAAUCUUCUACCGCGUACUUUGAAGCAAGAUUCUUUGGCACUCCAUCUUUUGAGUGGAGUACAUGCCCCAAUAAGGCACGCACCUUCCAGGUACAGUGUUUUCGUAUGUCGGUCUGCCAUGAUACCAGGUGGAGGGAGCGGGACUGCCCUCGUGAAAUCUGCUAGUGUUAUUUUAACAAGGUCAUAUAAUUCUUUACUGGGAAGCCCUAUUUUGCUUCGAUUGAUCCCAGCUCUUGGUAUUAUUGCCUUUGCUGUUUAUGGUCUUGAGCCAUUCCUCCGUCUCAGCAGGAUUCUAUUUCUUCAAAGGACCGACAGUAGUUGGAAGAAAAGUAAUUCACGCUAUAUAAUGACAUCUUAUUUUCAGCCAUUAUUGUUGUGGACUGGGUCAAUGCUCAUAUGCAGGGCAUUAGAUCCAAUAGUCUUGCCAUCUGAGACUAGCCAGGUCGUGAAGCAACGGCUACUUAAUUUUGUGAGAUCUUUGUCAACAGUGAUUUCAUUUGCUUACUGUUUAUCAAGCUUAAUUCAACAAGCUCAAAAAUUCUUUCUGGAGGCAAAUGACAACAGUGAUGCAAGAAAUAUGGGCCUUGAUUUUGCUGGGAAGGCAGUAUACACUGCUGUAUGGGUUGCUGCUGUGUCAUUGUUCAUGGAGUUGCUAGGUUUCUCCACACAGAAGUGGUUAACUGCUGGUGGUUUGGGCACAGUAUUACUCACUCUUGCCGGUCGUGAGAUAUUUACAAACUUUCUUUCAAGUAUAAUGAUCCAUGCAACUCGGCCAUUUAUAUUGAAUGAGUGGAUUCAAACAAAGAUUGAAGGAUAUGAGGUUUCAGGCACAGUUGAGCAUGUAGGCUGGUGGUCACCAACCAUUAUUAGAGGUGAUGAUCGUGAGGCAGUUCAUAUUCCUAAUCAUAAGUUUACUGUGAAUGUUGUGAGAAAUCUGAGUCAGAAAUCUCAUUGGCGUAUCAAGAGUUACAUUGCUAUCAGUCACUUUGAUGUUAACAAAAUUAAUAGUAUUGUAGCUGAUAUGCGCAAGGUUUUAGCAAAAAAUCCUCAAGUGGAGCAGCAGAAAUUGCACAGAAGGGUCUUUUUAGAAGACAUCAGUCCUGAAAACCAGGCUCUGAAGAUAUUGAUAUCGUGCUUUGUGAAAACUUCACAUUUUGAGGAGUACCUAUGUGUUAAGGAGGCAAUCCUUUUGGAUCUUCUCAGAGUUGUCAGUCAUCAUCGAGCCCGGUUAGCCACUCCCAUCCGCACAGUUCAGAAAGUAUACAGUGAGCCUGCCUCGGAAAAUAUACCCUUUGGGGAUACCAUUUUCACUCGAUCCAGAGCAACAGUAAAUCGCCCAUUCUUGCUGAUAGAACCGCCAUAUAAAGUUAAUGGUGAAGAAAAAGCUAAGCCAUCAACUCGUUCAACUCGUGGAAAUGAGGAAAAAGAUGCCAAGAUUGAUGAACCUGUAGCAUCUGACUCCAAAAGCGAUGAUAAUUUUGCAGGAACAUCAACCUCUCCACAUGGUGUAAACUCCAAGGAUAAAUCCAAGUCAAAUUCUGAUGCCCAAAUCCAGAACAUGGGUUCCGACAAUUCAGUGGAGAAGUCCUCCAAAAUCACACAGCCUAAAAAAGAAAGUUCAGGGGAUGUAGGAAAGGGAAGUACAAUACCUGUAUCUAAAAACCUUGCACAAAGUGUUGUAUCUGAAACUUCACCUGUUACUUCCCCCCAUGAGUCUGGCAGGGGAGAGACUGCUUCUACCACUUCUUCACAGUCAAAGCAAGACGAAGAUAAAUCUUCGGUGCCAUCAUCAUCAGUUAGGCCGGCCUUAGAAGAGAACAUUCUUCUUGGGGUUGCACUUGAAGGCUCAAAACGAACUCUUCCAAUUGAGGAAGAAAUGAGUCCAUCUCUGAACUCAGCCGAGUCACAAGAAUUUGCUGUCCAACGGAAUGGGAAUGGACCUCCGGCUAACAAAGAUAAGAAGGAUGGUCCAAUGUCUUCAUUUCCAAAUGCUAAGCAAAAUGACUAGGGUCACUAGAUUUAAUAGAUUGGUAGCUAAAUAAGCAGAGUGAAAGUUGACAUUGUAGUUUAUAUGCCUUAGGUUGAAGUUCUGCGAAAAAUGAUCCAGCUGUCUUUUUUAAGUUGGAAUUAUUCAUUGUAUUUUUCUAGCUGAUUGCCCAUAUAUGUACAUAAUUAUCAAUUGAUGGUUUGUUGUAUUAUCGUAUCUCAUUGAAAACCUGUUUCCUACUCCGCAAAUGGGCUAUAAAGACUGUUUUGAAUUAUAAUAAAGAGAAUGAAACUGCAGUAUUGUUUUCUGUAUUA